CAAGAUUUCAUUAUAAACUACUUACAAAGCAGAGGUGUCAGGAUGAGGAGGUCUGAUGUUUUUCAAAUUUUUCUACUUUGUCUGUCUUUGACUCACAGUGAGGCUGAAAUGGUGAUAGAGAAUGCUAUUGCUCUAGACCAAGACUCCCACUUAGAGAUUCAAGAUGUUAAAACAAACCACGUUGAGAGCAGCAGAGAGAUCAGCAUCUCUGUGGACAUCUGGGCUGAGCUGAAGGAGCUCAGAGACAUGACCAUUCAACUAAAGGCAGACCUGGUACAUUACCUGAGCAAGAUAGAGAAGGUGGAGCAGGAAAAAUCAGCCCUUGAGGUCAGAAUAAGCUCAACUGAGAUGGAGAUAAAGGAAAUCAAGAUGCAAAAUGCAGAUCGACCAAAGGUGGCGUUCUCACUCGGCCUUACAAACGCAGGACGCCUCGGUCCUUAUAGCACUGAUGUCACUCUGAAGUUCAGUAAAGUUUUCAGUAACUUUGGUCAAGGCUACAACCCAAACACAGGUAUCUUCACAUCCCCAGUAAGAGGAGUAUACUAUUUCAGAUUUACUUUCUUUGAGGUCGACAAUGCUAACUGGAUGGGGGUUCGACUGUAUCAUAACAGCAAGUUGAUUAUGAUUAAUUAUGACCGAAGCAGCAGCUACUAUGAAAACAUGUCUAAUGGAGUGAUACUUCAGCUGAACAUAGAUGAUGUGGUUUACAUGGUUCUGGUGUCACCCUACACUGUAUUUGAUGACCAUAGAAAUUACAGCACCUUCACUGGAUUUCUGCUUUUCCCCUUGUAAGAAUACUCAGAAGAUACAACAUGCUACAUUUAAUUUAAAACAUUUACUUUGGGAGCACCAGUAUUCAUGGGACAUUAACUUUAAUGUGACUAUGAAAAUCUAUAGAUCUCAAGUGCUGCUAAUGCUGAAAAUUCUCAGUCUUUCCACAUAAUGUGAAAAUAUUUUUCUUUCUGUAUUAUAUGCAGGGUAGCCUUCAUGCAUCAACCAUAACUUGCAAAUCUUCUUAAACAGAUUCUAAAUGGCUUAAAUUUUUUCCCCCCAACAUUUUAUGGUUAAAGUAACACAAUGAAGACUGACAACAAGCUGAAGACUUAGAGAGCCCUCAGUUUGUUGUCAGGUUCUUUUUGUUGGCUCCAUUUUCAAUGUUUAUACUAUGUUCUUCUGUAAACAAAUAAUUUUAUUAAAUC